GGCAAAGACUGGAGGAAGGCGGGGCUUACGUUGCCAGAGUAACCGGAUCAUUGGUGGUGUUGUCUUCCUGUGUACAGAUAUGUAUUUCCUGUGCUGAGUUCCACAAAUUAUGCUUGCAGGCCCAUAUCAACAUGGUGCUGUCUCAACACUAACCUGCAUCUGAAUCUCCCUGAAUACUGGAGUCUGUUCUCCCACGCGGUGGAGUUCUGCCUUGUGUCUCCUACCACGACCGACCGCUUAGUAAUUGAUGUCUCCUGGCUCAGCUUCUAGUUCGUUGCAUACUUUCCAGAGCACUGUGUUUUAGCAGCAGCCAGCGGGCGCUGCAUCCAGGGCUGCAUCCGGCGCUGCAUCCUCGGAGCUGCAGGUGCUGCAUCCUUGGGCAGGAUGAAGGCUGCCCAGCAGGGAAGAAGCUGCAAUUUGGUUUCUCCAUAUCUUGCACCCAAGAAUCAGAGUGAGAGAUUUGCUUUCAUCGCAGAGUGGUAUGAUCCAAAUGCGUCACUGCUCCGGCGUUACGAGCUUCUGUUUUACCCUGUAGACGGAUCUGUUGAAAUGCAUGAUGUGAAGAACCGUCGCACCUUCUUAAAGCGGACCAAGUACGAGGACCUGCACCUGGAAGAUUUGUUUAUCGGCAACAAAGUCAACGUGUUCUCCCGACAGCUGGUGCUGAUUGACUAUGGGGACCAGUAUACAGCGCGUCAGCUGGGCAGUAGGAAGGAGAAAACUUUAGCCCUGAUCAAACCAGAUGCAGUGUCAAAGGCUGGAGAAAUCAUUGAGAUGAUAAACAAAAGUGGAUUUACUAUAACCAAACUCCGAAUGAUGACGCUGUCAAGGAAAGAAGCAACAGACUUUCAUGUGGACCACCACUCAAGACCGUUUUAUAACGAACUGAUCCAGUUUAUCACAAGUGGGCCUGUUAUUGCCAUGGAGAUCUUAAGAGAUGACGCAAUAUGUGAGUGGAAAAGAUUGCUUGGACCUGCAAACUCUGGGCUAUCUCGGUCAGAUGCCCCUGGAAGCGUCCGAGCCCUCUUUGGGACAGAUGGCAUAAGAAAUGCAGCUCACGGCCCUGAUACUUUUGCGUCUGCUGCCAGAGAAAUGGAAUUAUUUUUUCCUUCAAGCGGAGGCUGUGGACCAGCAAACACGGCUAAAUUUACCAAUUGUACCUGCUGCAUCAUUAAGCCGCAUGCUAUCAAUGAAGGACUGUUGGGAAAGAUUUUAAUAGCUAUUCGAGAUGCAUGCUUUGAAAUGUCAGCAAUACAGAUGUUCAAUAUGGAUCGGGCGAAUGUUGAAGAAUUCUAUGAAGUCUAUAAAGGCGUAGUGUCUGAGUAUAGUGAUAUGGUGACAGAGCUAUGCUCCGGCCCUUGCGUAGCAAUAGAAAUCCAGCAGAGCAACCCGACGAAGACAUUUCGAGAAUUCUGUGGACCUGCUGAUCCUGAAAUCGCCCGGCAUUUACGACCUGAGACCCUCAGGGCAAUUUUUGGUAAAACCAAGGUUCAGAAUGCUGUUCAUUGUACAGACCUGCCAGAGGAUGGGCUCCUGGAGGUCCAGUAUUUCUUCAAGAUCUUGGAUAAUUAGCCGCACAGAGUGAAAGCGACACAGACUGAGACGCUCAGACAAGUGAGGCACACACGUGAGGAAUGUGUUCAUUCUUUUAUUGUCCGUUGUGUUAACCUGACCGACACAAGAUCAACAAGAGCACUGUACUCCUGGCAUUAUUACAUAUGCUAGAACAUGGAUUUGCACUGUAGACAACAUUUAACACCAGUCUAUGGGGUACUGCAUUGCUUUUUAUAAAGUUCAAAAUAAAGAUUUUUAUUUUCAAACAAGUGACUUUGGUUU